UUUAUGAUUGAAUCUCAGAGGCAUUCUUAUCAUUUGGUAGAUCCAAGUCCAUGGCCUAUUUCGGGUUCACUCGGAGCUUUGGCAACCACCGUAGGAGGUGUGAUGUACAUGCACUCAUUUCAAGGGGGUGCAACACUUCUCAGUUUGGGCCUAAUAUUUAUCCUAUAUACCAUGUUUGUAUGGUGGCGCGAUGUUCUACGUUAAUCCACGUUGGAAGGACAUCAUACCAAAGUCGUACAAUUAAGACCUCGAUAUGGUUCUAUUUCGUUCAUCGUAUCGGAGGUUAUGUUCCUUUUUACUUUUUUUCGGGCUUCUUCUCAUUCUUCUUUGGCACCUACAGUAGAGAUCAGAGGUAUUUGGCCCCCUUUAGGGAUUUGGGUUUUAGAUCCUUGGGAAAUCCCUUUUCUUAAUACCCCUAUUCUCCUUUCAUCCAGAGCAGCCGUAACUUGGGCUCAUCGUGCUAUACUCGCGGGGAAGGAAAAACGAGCAGUUUACGCUUUAGUAGCUACCGUUUCACUGGCUCUAGUAUUCACUGGCUUUCAAGGAAUGGAAUAUUAUCAAGCACCCUUCACUAUUUCGGAUAGUAUUUAUGGUUCUACCUUUUUCUUAGCAACUGGCUUUCAUGGUUUUCAUGUGAUUAUAGGUACUCUCUUCUUGAUCAUAUGUGGUAUUCGCCAAUAUCUUGGUCAUCUGACCAAGGAGCAUCACGUUGGCUUUGAAGCAGCUGCGUGGUACUAGCAUUCUGUAGACGUGGUUUGGUUAUUCCUAUUUGUCUCUAUCUAUUGGUGGGGAGGUAUAUGA